AGCGAGCCGCGAAUCACCGCCCACUCGACCUGCCUCAUCGCGCAAGAUACUGACCUGCGCGGAGAAAUCACCCUCAGUCAAGGCUGCAUCGUCCAUCCGCGCGCUACCAUCAUCGCCGCGUCUGGACCUAUCAUCAUGGAUGCGGGCUGUGUGGUGGAGGAGAACGCGGUGAUCUUGAAUCGGAGGAAAGAGGUCAUGCGGAUUGGGAAGGGGAAUCAGUUCAUGGUUGGCUGUCGUACGUCCCCUUCAACCGCCAGCAUUGUGCACCCCACAGUGAGAGCUAAGUAUGUAGGAGUCGAGGCAGCAUCUAUCGGCAACCACAUUACCUUCAAGCCCAAAAGCAAAGUCUCGUCUCAAAUCGCUGUCUCCGAUUACUGCACCUUCGGGCCCGGGACAGUCACCCUCGCGUCGGAUCCGGAAAGCACGGCGCUGGAGACGCUGGAACCGUAUACGGUGGUAUAUGGCUCGCUAAGUGAGCGGAGGAAGUGGGAUGGGAGUGCGGGGGAGACGGAACGGGCGGUGAAGGAUAAGGAGAGGGAGUAUUUGAGGGAGAUCAUGCCAAAGUGA